UUAUCAAAAAUAAUUUUCUACUAAACUUUAAUAUUAACUCCCCACUUAUUUCUUCAAAACCUACAGAAUUUACUUACGGGACUAUGGCUGAACAACAACAACAGCCUUCUAAUCCCCCUACUGACGACAAGACUGAAAUUUCAGGCGCCUCAAAAGAUGCGGAACAACGUGAACCUCUGCUGAUUGCGAGACAGGACGCGACUGGGGAUGACCAGAAAGCUAAACGAACUGUUCCGGAAGGACAUUGGACAAAAUCUCUUAUUUUUGCUGUUUUGGCAGCAGCUUUUGGAAGCUCUUUUCAAUUUGGUUAUCAUAUUGGAUGCAUUAAUCUGCCCGCUGACCUUAUCAAACAAUGGUUUUCCGAGCAAAUUUCUGGAUCUGAUGCUGCCACCAUUGAAGCAAGAUGGGGUAUGGCAGUUGGAGUUUUUGCUGUUGGUGGUAUGAUUGGAGGAAAUUUGGUGGGAAUUGUUGCUACAAAACUUGGACGGAAACGUGCACUUUUGUACAACAACGCUUUGGCUAUAAUCGCUGGGGCUUUAAUGGCGGGAGCUAAAUUUGUGGGAAAUUAUUGGCUUUUUAUUUUGGGCCGUCUUAUUGUUGGAAUAAAUGCUGGUAAAUGGAGAAAAUUAACUCUUAAAUGA